GCCCGCCGCCUCCCGCCAGCGCGCCAGUUCUCCGCCGAGCGAGUCGCCCGCGGGCACAGCCGCGUGCAGGGUCAAACACAGCCGGCCUCCCAUGUCAGUGGUCUAGGAUGGCCAGUGAAGCCACCAACAUCCCAAGUCCUGUGGUGCGCCAGAUUGACAAGCAGUUUCUGAUCUGCAGUAUAUGCCUGGAACGGUACAAGAAUCCCAAGGUUCUCCCCUGUCUGCACACUUUCUGCGAGAGGUGUCUGCAGAACUACAUUCCCGCCCACAGUCUGACCCUCUCCUGCCCCGUGUGCCGCCAGACCUCCAUCCUGCCCGAGAAGGGGGUGGCCGCGCUCCAGAACAACUUCUUCAUCACGAACCUGAUGGACGUGCUGCAGCGAACGCCGGGCAGCAACGUUGAGGAGUCCUCCAUCCUGGAGACGGUCACCGCUGUGGCUGCUGGAAAGCCACUCUCUUGCCCAAACCACGAUGGGAAUGUGAUGGACUUUUACUGCCAGUCUUGCGAGACCGCCAUGUGUCGGGAGUGCACUGAGGGGGAGCAUGCGGAACACCCCACAGUCCCCCUCAAGGAUGUGGUGGAGCAACACAAGGCCUCGCUCCAAGUCCAGCUGGACGCCGUCAACAAAAGGCUCCCAGAAAUAGAUUCUGCCCUUCAGUUCAUCUCAGAAAUCAUUCAUCAGUUAACCAACCAAAAGGCCAGUAUUGUGGAUGACAUCCAUUCUACCUUUGAUGAACUCCAGAAGACUCUAAACGUGCGCAAAAGCGUGCUGCUUAUGGAACUGGAAGUCAAUUAUGGCCUCAAACAUAAAGUCCUUCAGUCGCAGCUGGAUACUCUGCUCGAGGGGCAGGAGAGUAUAAAGAGCUGCAGCAACUUCACGGCGCAGGCCCUUAACCAUGGCACGGAGACGGAGGUGCUGCUGGUGAAGAAGCAGAUGAGCGAGAAGCUGAACGAACUGGCCGACCAGGAUUUCCCGCUGCACCCGCGUGAAAACGAUCAGCUGGAUUUUAUCGUGGAGACCGAAGGGCUCAAGAAAUCCAUCCACAACCUCGGGACGAUUUUAACCACCAACGCCGUCGCCUCCGAGACGGUGGCCACGGGCGAGGGGCUGCGGCAGACCAUCAUCGGGCAGCCCAUGUCCGUUACCAUAACGACCAAGGACAAAGACGGCGAGCUGUGCAAGACCGGCAACGCCUACAUCACCGCCGAGCUGAGCACGCCCGACGGCAGCGUGGCGGACGGAGAAAUCCUCGACAACAAAAACGGCACCUAUGAGUUUUUGUACACUGUCCAGAAGGAAGGGGACUUUACCCUCUCUCUGCGACUCUAUGACCAGCACAUCCGAGGCAGCCCGUUCAAGCUGAAAGUGAUCCGGUCGGCUGACGUGUCUCCCACCACCGAGGGCGUGAAGAGGCGCGUGAAAUCCCCGGGAAGCGGCCAUGUAAAGCAGAAAGCGGUGAAGAGACCCGCCAGCAUGUACAGCACUGGGAAACGAAAAGAGAAUCCCAUCGAAGACGAUUUGAUCUUUCGAGUGGGUACCAAAGGAAGAAAUAAAGGAGAAUUUACAAAUCUUCAAGGGGUAGCUGCGUCUACAAGUGGAAAGAUACUAAUUGCAGAUAGCAACAACCAAUGUGUACAGAUAUUUUCCAAUGAUGGCCAGUUCAAAAGUCGGUUUGGCAUUCGAGGGCGCUCUCCCGGGCAGCUGCAGCGGCCCACCGGAGUAGCUGUGCAUCCCAGUGGGGACAUAAUCAUUGCAGACUACGAUAAUAAAUGGGUUAGCAUUUUCUCUUCUGAUGGCAAAUUUAAGACAAAAAUUGGAUCAGGAAAGUUGAUGGGGCCCAAAGGAGUCUCGGUGGACCGCAACGGGCACAUCAUUGUGGUGGACAACAAAGCAUGCUGCGUGUUUAUCUUCCAGCCAAACGGGAAGAUAGUCACCAGGUUUGGUAGCCGAGGAAAUGGGGACAGGCAGUUUGCAGGUACACUUGAUGGUCCCCAUUUUGCAGCUGUAAAUAGCAAUAAUGAGAUUAUUGUUACGGAUUUCCAUAAUCAUUCUGUCAAGGUGUUUAAUCAGGAGGGAGAAUUCAUGUUGAAGUUUGGCUCAAAUGGAGAAGGAAAUGGGCAGUUUAACGCUCCAACAGGUGUAGCAGUGGAUUCAAAUGGAAACAUCAUUGUAGCAGACUGGGGAAACAGCAGGAUCCAGGUUUUUGACGGAAGUGGGUCAUUUUUGUCCUACAUUAACACAUCUGCUGACCCACUCUACGGCCCCCAAGGCCUGGCGCUAACUUCAGAUGGCCAUGUUGUGGUUGCAGACUCUGGAAACCACUGUUUCAAGGUCUAUCGGUACUUACAGUAAUGGCAGGCAGGCUGGACAGCCCCUUACAAAGGUCUUGCACUAUAAACUGGAAUGGAUUUCUCGACGCAGGACCAGAUUACACUAGACUUUUCAUGCUAGAAGGAAUCAUUGGUGAACUUUCCAAGGUUAUUUCUGAAUGUAACUAUUUCCUUAAAACCUGCAUAUCUGAUUUCUGUAAUUCACCUUUUAGGGUUUAAAGAAAAGAAAUCCUUCUACUGAAUCUAUGGAAACUGCAAAGUUUUACACCUGUGAACUAUGGCUUAUCAGACAAGGGUUUAUGUAGUUGAACUGAUUUUGCAAAUCAAACAAACACUAAAAAAAAACACAACAAACUAGAAUAUUUAAAGGUAUUCGUUAAUCCUGUGAAUGGUAGCUUUUGUUCAGAGCUUCCAAAAACAAAACAAAAACAAAAUCUGUUGUAGUUGUAUACUUUAUUUAACUUCGGUUACAAGACCCGGGGGAUCUUCUAACCUCACUUUUACAGUAGGUAUUACUCAUGUGACAUUUUUUGGUUAUUGAUAACUACAUACACAUUAGGAAAAAAUAAGACUGUCUUGCAAAACCCUCCCAGCUAUGAUUAGGCAGGCCUCUUGAGUUUAACACUUAAAAACCACUGAAAAUUUCCCAUCCUUUCUGGGUUAGAUCCAAGAUCCUUUUUGUGUGUUCUUUUCACCUUUUCUCUCCUGCUCACCUUGUAUCAAAAAACAAAGUCCAUUUUCAGGGAAACCUGAAAUUCCCAAUGCUUUGAAAAGCAUAUUACAAUAGCAAAUGCUACCUUUUGGUAAACAAACAGCCCCCUCAACUCCAGACUAAUGCACUAGAAUGUAAUCAAGAAAAAGUUAGCCACGUUUUAUGUGCCAAUGUUCUCACGUGUCUCUCCUCUUCCACUUCCUGAAAGCGAAAGCUUUACCUCCUGCAAAAUGUCAGCACAUGUAGUAGGACACCAGUAUCCUAGGACAGAGAGCCAUAAGUUGCCCUUUGGAGGACUGAUGGUGUCAACCAAAGGCAUGUGAUUGAUUAAUGGUUUCCCCUUAGAAAGCAAGUGUUACCAAAGUCGUGUUAUCUCGAGAGCAUUACAGGUAAGGGCAUGUUAUGGUUAUUUAUCAUUGUCUAAUGAAUAGUAGAGGCAUUAAAGGACUAUGUAUACAUGAUUAGGGUAAGGUAGAAUGUAUCACAUAUAUAUAUAUAUAUAUAUAGCUGAAUCUUUGGUGUAUUGAAAUAGGCAGCACUCUGAAAGACAGAAGCAUCGUCCAGCACAUUCCUUUACUGCACAGUUUAAAGCCGUCCUCAUAGAGUAAGCCCUAAAACAGGUUUAAUUUUCACCAUUUUCCAGUAAUGAUGAUAUCGGCUGACUUUUAUAGUCAGAAUAUGGCCUUCUGUGCUUUCAAAAACAACAAAACAAAAACAGGUCGAAAGAAAAAGAAACGUUGAACUUGAGUUACAUUUAAUUUAAGUAUACAUGCGUUUGGAGAAAUGUGAAGAAUAAUUUAGUCAAUUGUUAAUCUGUCAUUGAUACUGUAAAAUAAGAUGUGGUCUGUUUCCACUGUUUAAUUUUCUACUCAGUUCUACCAAAUAGGAUGUCAUGUUUGGCAUUUUUGAUAAUGACUUUGGGAUCUUUUUCACUGAAAGCACCUUAGAACUGUACUAUAAGAAAACAUUUCCUGUACGUCUAAUGAUAUGUGAUGUUUAUUGCUUACUAAUUUAUAAUUUAGUCGUUCUCUUAUAUAGGACUUUUUUAAAUUGAGAAGGAAAAUCUAGCUAUUUCCAGUUGUCUGUCAAAUUUAUUAUGCCCAAAUCAACCUCUGAAAGAAAAUUUUUCAGGAAGAUUUACAUUUAAGUUUACCUUUCUUCUUUUUUUUUUUUUAGUUAGGUAGAGCUUUCAAAAUAUUUGAGACUAUGACAGAGUUAUAAAAUUCAAUGACAUUUUUAGAAUGUUAAACUAAGAUACUGUUUCCUAACAUCAGCAAACCAAGUCUUUGAAUGUAAACAUUUGUAUUUAAUGAGCGCUUCCUAGGUGCCAGGCACUAUUCCCGGGACUGGGGAAACAGCAAUGGAUCAAACAGACAGAAAUCCCUGCCUGCUUGGAGCUUACACUCUAGGGAGGAAUUUCAUUUUGCCAUUUAAUAACAUUUUGCAUUCAAGAUAAGCUAGACUCUUGAUAGCUCCUAGACUAUUUAGAAGAAAACUUUUUAAAUUGGUUAAAUUAAUUUUAGUUUAUUUUCACAAGUAAAAAUGGCUUCCUAUUUAGAUUCUGUUCACAGGCUGUUGGUCUUAAGACUGGUUUACUUAAGAGAGUUUUUUUGCACAACAUUGAAAUUGUAUUUGUGAAUUUAGAAGUUAACCAGCCAUCAUACCAUAAUAGGCUGGAUAGCUCAAUAAUAGGUUGCAUACAAGGUUAAUUUUUUUUUUUUUAUCUGUCAAUAUUGGCACAAACUGGAAUGGAAGAAUAGAUACUUUGAUUCAGACCUGUUCCACUAUCUGUUACUAAAACACAUGCUAUGGGCACUCCAAGAAACACUGUAUUUUUCCCCAAAAAUAUGUAAUCAUGUAUGUUAAAGCAUAGAUAACAUUUCACAUUUGGAUACUUAGGAGCAUUUACUGUAUUUCUUAGGAAGUGUAUUUGAGCGGGGGGAAAGUGCUGCUGAUAAGAUACGAGUAGACAAGAUUUUAAUGAAAUUUUGGCAACAUUCUAUGGGAAAUGGUUCCUGGUAAACUGAGAAGGAUAUUAAAAUAAGUGACUUUUUUCCCCGGA